AUGUCAAGAGCACCAAGUGCAGACGCACGCCAGGAACGCCGACGGAGUUCUUCCUGCGCUAGAAGCAGCGCUCUGCCCAGCAGACGGCCAAGCUCAGCCCUAGAAGACUAUCCGCAAACGGCAGUAACCCGUGCUAUAUAUCAUCAUGCGAGGGCGUAUCUUGCAAAGGCAGGUCCUGCCAACAAUGCACGGGAGAAAUGUUGCCGUGCAGUAUGUGCAGUUCGUUCAGCGGCACGGGCUGUAAUUUUGGAGAGCACGGUCAUUCAGAUUGUACUGCGCUGCGUGGAACAGACAAAGCAGCGUCAAGCGAGACAAGCUGACGAGAUGUGGCGCAGACUGGCAGGUGAUGUGCGCUUUCUUUUUGGAGGCCAUAGGGACAUCGACUCGGUGGCGAUCGCCGAAACUCUCGCUGAAAUGCUGUCUGGCUUUGAUGGAGCGGAUGAUGUUCGGAGUCGGUUUCUGAAUGUUGCCAAAAGUUUUAACAACUCGGAAGUUGCCUUGAAGCAGCUACAAGUAUCCUUUGGAAACAAUUUGGAGGGGCUUCAUGCCAUGCGGAGCGACUUCGACCGCUUUACGGCAGAGAUCAUUCGCCUUGUGAGUCUUCUGGAAGGGGAUUGUAAUAGCAUGCGAGUUCAGUUGCAGAGAACUCUCAAGAGCCCUCGCCAACGAGUAAACCGAAAUAUGUUCGGGGGUCUUGAGAAACUAGGCAAAGGGCGAAUGAUGCUCCAUGACCACAUUGCCUCAUUACUAUCCACCCUGGAGCAUGAUCUGUGCGACACCCCCCUGGCAGCAAUGGUACAGGUUGCCCAGGAUGUCAACGACCACAUUGUGAAGCAAUUGAAUGAGUCUGGAAACUUGCAAGUGUUACACGGACGGGAAGACGAGCAGGAGGCGGACUUGUCCGCAACAACUGAUGAGCCUACUUCGCCCACCAAGGUUGUGACUGACUUGUUCCAGGUAUUGAGACCAUGUGUUUUCGAAGCUGCCGAUGCAAGCUCCAAAGGCAAACUUAUUCACCCACAACGUAAAGCACCAAAAGGAGUGGAGCAAGAGCCCUGCAAACCUGAAGCUCGUGUCAUCGUGUCUCCAUCAAGCCCCGUCCGCCCUCCUGUGGAUGUCCUUUAUGCACGUGCGCAGCUCGCUCGAGAUUCGGGUGGCCCCUCAACAGCUGCAUCGGGAUCGAGCACGGCUUUUGAUCAGGCUCAGGCUGGCAAGUCCAGCAAGUCCAGCACUGCAGCCCUCGGCUGUGUCUUGCCUUCCGCUGAGCUGUCUCCCGGUGCCAUAGAGCAGCGAGCACAACGAUUGCCAAAGCUGAAGCCACUGCCUCAUGUACCCUUAGACCCGGAGCAGAGCUGUCCAAGCAAGGAAUUGUCAAACCGUUCAAUAAAUUCGACCACAAGGGAGAAUUUGACGGAAGCAAGAGCGAUGAUGCCACCAACUAUGCUACCUGGCUAUGUGGAACAAGGGACAGAGCACAUGAACUUAUCUACAUCCACUGCCAGCGUGCCGGCUGGACCUACAAACAACUGCGGUGACUGCGAUGGGGCUUUGCGCAGAUUGCGCGGUAGCGGCGGGCCGCAAUCUGAGCAGGCAGGACGGACAGAAGAGGCCCAUGGCGCGAUGAUCAUGCCAGGCUGUAUGCAAAGCAGUGCCAGUAGCACCGGCGGCCACAUGGACGGUGCUGCCAAUGGCGUGACUUUCAGCCACCAAGCCCAAGAAAAGCUGCAAGGGCCUAUUGAAUCAGCGCAGUUUGCAGAUAAGCCCUGGCUUGGGCACGAGGCUUUGACCAACAGACAUACAACUCCUGAGAAGGAUUCGCUAAGACAGCUUGAUCAGCUUCAGGCAGGGGGACAAGGCACCCAAGCGUUGUACAGGCUGUCGCCUGUAGGGUUUCGUAGCAUGUCACAGCCCAACCUUGAAGCAAAGGAUUUGCUGGAAGUGUCUUCCGACAACAUUAGAAGUAGUUAUGAUGACGGCGGACUGCUCAUGCAGGAGCACAGGCUACCCCAGACAAGUCAGGGAGUGACAUCCUUGGCAUGUAGUGAGGACACAGGAACUGAGAGCCGCCCAGCGCAUGCAAUGGCAAGCACGAGCAAGGGCAAGGAUGGCCGCAGAUCUAGUUCUCUGCCUCUCAACUCAGAGCCCCGACGGCUUCGUCAAUCCGGACCUUCUGCGCUGGGAGGAAGGGCCGUGCCGGAAUCAGCAGAGUUUGCUCGCUUCAUGGCUUCGGAACGCGAAGGCCAUUCAGCUUUUUGA